AUGAGUAAUACAUCUAAACCGUUGCAAGCUGGAAAAGUGGAGUCGAACGAGUCCCCGGACUAUAUGAACGAGCGUGUGAUCCAGCGCAAUCGCCUGGACCCACGCGCCUACUUCCUUCCUAAGGAGACACUUUCGUUGUCUGGACGCUGGAAAUUCCACUUCACAACCUCACCCAAAGCGCCAGAGCCGAAGUCAGACCAUACAGCCGCGUGGUCAUCGAUUGAUGUGCCGGGCCAUUGGCAGCUCCAAGGCUGGGGGCAUCCCCAUUACACUAAUUUCGAUCUACCCUUUCCCUGUGAUCCUCCAUAUGUCCCGGCGGAGAACCCAACAGGUACAUACGAGACCUCUUUCGAGAUCCCUGAUGGCUGGUUGGAUAUAGACGGAGGCUUAGAUUAUCGCCUCAGGUUUGAGGGAGUGGACAGUGCCUUCCAUCUUUGGGUCAACGGCAAGGAAAUCGGUUACAGCCAAGGCUCUCGAAACCCGGCGGAAUUCGAUGUCACCAAAGUGUUGAAAGAUGGUGCGGGCGGCUCCAACACCGUCAGAGUCAAAGUAUACCAAUGGAGCGAUGGGAGCUAUAUGGAGGAUCAAGAUAUGUGGUGGUUAUCAGGCAUCUUCAGGGAUGUCUACCUCAUCGGCUUCCACAAGCGAGGGCAUAUUGAGGACAUCCGCAUCCGAACUAACCUCGACCAACAUCAUCAUAUCAACAAGCCUGCCUAUCUUGAGAUUGACCUCCUCUAUCACGUCCAGUCCACGUCUUGGGUCCAUUUGGCAUUGGUCGAUGCAAAUGGCAGCAGGGCAUCGGGAACCAGCUCCACCAAAUUAAAGCCGGGCGGCGGACUCUUUUCUCACUCUAUCCAUGUGGUUGAUCCCCGCUUAUGGAACGCAGAGCACCCGAAUCUAUACUAUCUUUACAUCACGUUAGACAACGAUGGAAAACAGUUGCAGCAAGAGAUCCAGCAAGUGGGCUUUCGAAAGGUCGAAAUCAAAGACGGACUUCUGCAAGUUAACAACGUGCCUAUUAGCCUUCGCGGAGUCAAUCGACACGAUCAUCAUCCUCGGUUCGGCCGUGCUGUUCCUCUUGAAUUCAUCGAGCGUGACCUGAUACUGAUGAAGCAGCACAACGUCAAUGCUGUGCGCACCUCACAUUACCCUAAUGAUCCAAGGUUGAUCCUCUUGGCCAACGAGAUUGGUCUUUACGUUAUGGACGAAGCGGACAAUGAGACCCACGGGACAAAUGGCAUUUUAUCCGACAGGCCCACAUGGACCAAUGCAUAUGUAGAGCGCAUGCGACAGCUUGUCUACCGUGACAAGAAUAAUCCUAGCGUCAUAAUGUGGAGCCUCGGCAACGAAUCUUUCUAUGGCAAGAAUCAUCAAGCCAUGUAUGACUGGGUCAAGGCGUAUGACAGCACGAGACCUGUGCACUACGAAGCCGACCAUGAAUUCCGUGCCUCAGAUGUGUGUAGCUAUAUGUAUGUUAACCCUGCGCAGCUUGAACAGCUAGCUACUCAAGAUGGCGAUGACUACAAGAAGCCGAUUAUCCUCCAAGAGUAUGGUCAUGCCAUGGGUAACGGGCCAGGUGCAAUGAAAGAGUACAUGGAGACCUUCCGUAAGUGUCGGCGUUUGCAAGGAGGCUUCAUCUGGGAAUGGAAUAAUCACGGCUUAGUGAAGCCAUUGAACGAUAGUACUAGAGAAUAUUUUUAUGCUUACGGCGGAGACUUUGGAGAUGAGCCUAACGACAAGAAUUUUGUAAUGGAUGGCCUGGUCAAUUCCGAGCACAAUCCAAGCCCAGGUUUGAUCGAUCUGAGAGCGGCUUAUGCUCCUAUACUCGUCACGAGGAAGGGCAAGAAGAUUAGGGCAAGGAAUUUGUUUGAUUUUCACCACCUUGAGGAUAUCGAUUGUGUCUGGUCAGUAAAACAUUUCGAGGCAGACGGGUUCACGCGUACUCUGAAGUAUGGCAUUGAAAAGUUGAAGCAUCCACCCCAGCAUGACGAGGAAUUCGAUGUUUUUGACUGCGACUCCCAUCAACUGAAUUGCAAAAUUUCCGAACAUGAGACUUGGUUGAUACUUUCCUUCCAACAAAGAGCAGCUCAGAGAUGGUGCAAUUCGGGUCACGAAAUCACCCAUGCAGAAUUUCGACUAGACGAUAGCAGUACUGCAAAUCUAUUUGCACAGCAUUUGAAGGGUUUCCAAAACCCUCAAGUCCAAGAAACCGCUGGGACACUCCAAGUCUCAACAUCGACAUCUACGCUUACCAUCAGCCGUAUCGAUGGUCAAAUAAUUCAUUGGAGCUACAAAGGUAUUGACAUGAUACGCGAGAAUAGUCUCAAUUUGACAUUCUGGCGAGCACCGACAGACAACGAUGAACAUGGUCAGGGUGGGGACUGGUAUGGCCAUCGACUGAACGACCUAUUCAACUCGGUCCGCUCUUUCACUUAUGGUUUCACCAAAGCGGGUGUUCUUGAGGUCAAGAUCACGAGCGACGUUGCGCCGGCGGUUCAAACGUGGGGUUUCGAAGUAUCCUUGACAUUUACCUAUCACAGUAGCGGCGCUCUCGUUUUCCAUACCAAGAUCUCGCCAAGAGGACCUGCUCCUGGUACACUGCCGCGUGUAGGCUUGGAGAUGGUUCUACCAGGGGACCGCACUCGAGCCGAGUGGUUUGGAUUAGGCCCGGACCAGUCGUAUCGAGACAUGAAAAAUGCAGCAAAGGUAGGUGUAUGGAAGAAGACUGUCGACGAGUUGAAUUUCAUGUACGAUAUGCCUCAAGAAAGUGGGAAUAGGACAGAGACAAGAUGGGUCAAGGUGACCAAUGAGCGUGGAAUUGGCUUUAAGGCCGUGCUUGAGCGCGACAGUGAAAAGACGUCAAGACCACCAUCCGCAGAGAGUACAACAGACGAACCUGGCUCGUUACAGAACUGGAGCUUGGUGGAUAAGUCACUUGAUCAAUCAAAGUCUUCACGAGGAUUUGACUUCAACUUGUCGAGGUAUACGGCAAGAGAUUUGGAGCAAGCUCAGCAUCCACAUGAGUUGACGGGUUGUGGUGGAGUCGUGUUUAGGAUUGAUGAUGAACAUCAUGGUCUUGGCACGGCGGCUUGUGGGCCGGACGCUCUGGACUCGUACCAGCUAAAGACAAGGACUUUCGAUUUCUCAGUUUGCCUCGAGCCCCUCGGACCCUAA